GUAACAGAUAGAUAAUGACAAGAAAAUAGAACAAAACUAGAAAGCGAGAAAAUAUAGAGAAGCCGCCAAGGAUUUGGACUUGCCCAAAACUCAACUCAGUCUAUCACCGUCUUCCUUCGUUUUCUGAACAAAGAAACCUUAACUCGAGAUCUUCUAAGGCUGCGAAGCUCCCACUAUACGUUUUUGCUCAAUUCAUUUUCGGGAUUUUUGUGGCGUUGGAUUUAAGAAACUGAAUAUGGCGAGCAAUAAUCCUCAAAUCUACCAUGAGAGGCAAAAGCUUCAAUUCUGCCUUUUGCACUCGUUAAACAAUCUCUUUCAGAAAAAGGACACAUUUACACGAGCAAGCUUAAAUGGGAUAGCUGAGAAUCUUGUUCUUGAUGAAGCAGAGAAGAGAACAUGGACGCCAUUAUCUGUACUCUUUAAGCCUCAUCAUAAUACAUUCACCGGAAACUAUGACAUAAAUGUUCUAAUAGCGGCUUUGGAAGGAAAAGGGAAGAAUUUGGUUUGGCAUGAUCGUAGAAAUGGAGCCUCUUCCAUUGAUCUAGAUGAGCCUGAAGAAGAUGCUUUAAUGGGGAUUGUGCUCAAUAUUCCUGUUAAAAGAUUUGGUGGGCUUUGUAAUAGUAGGCACUGGGUAACAUUGAGAAAGAUUGGUGGUACAUGGUAUAAUUUGGACAGUGAUCUUGCUUCUCCUAUGGCUUUUAAAGAUACUGUAGAAGUAAGAAAUUUCUUGGACAGCAUGAUUGGGCUUGGUGGGGAGGUUCUUCUUGUUAUGAAUGCUAAACAAUGACCUUUUUCUUUUGUCUCUGUGUGUGUGUGUGAGAGAGAUAAACUGUCUGAAAUGUGUGUAUAGAACUUUUGUUAUACAGAUCGGGAUUUGGAGGCAGAGUUGACCUUUUUAUUGUUACCUCUCUCAGCGCUUAAGAUUCUUGAUGGUUGUGGGAAAGUCUUACUGGAAAAUUAUUAUGGCAAUUAGCAGUUGUCUGAACUAGAUUCUUGUCUCCUGAUGUAAUUGUGAUUUGUGAAUAAUUGGAAAUCUUUGUAAAGGUUGAAGGUUACUACUUGAGAGUUACUUUGAUCCAUACAUUCUGUUUAAAUGUCUAUAAUAUGCUUUAGGUUGAUUGGUUUUUGGUACUUUUUUUUA